UAACCAUGAGGCUGGUUCAUACUUUCGCAUUGAUUGUCAUUACUCUCCUCAAUGAAGGCCUAGCCAGCUCUGAUGUUGAGAUCCAAUGCAACCAAGACGAGAGGAUCGACUUUUCCACUCUUUCACCCGGAAUUCGAGUUAUUUUUAAGAGCCACAAUGAAGCUGGAAAAACCGAGUACUCACCCAACACCCAAUGCAACUACAAAAUGCGGCGCGGAAACUUUUGCAAGAAAGUUCAUUUCACUUGCAGCACUUUCGAUUUAGCCAAAAGUGAGGCGGGUCGUUGUCAAUCUGAAACCGAUUUCCUCCUCAUUGAUGGAGGAAAUCCCACCUUGAACCGAAGAUAUUGCUCGGGACAAAAUCCGGACUUCAUGACUGAUUGGAGCGUGCUUGAUGUGUCGUUCCAAUCUGAUGAAAGCAAGGCAGGAUUGGGAUUCAUCUGCCAAGCUGUUUGUACCAAGUUUGGAGAACAUCCCGACGAGGACCAGGUCCAAAAUGUUCCCAACAAGCGCGAUAUGAUUGAAUACGCCAACACUUUGGAGUGUGGUAACACGUUUGACGUGUCCACUUUGAGCCAAGGCCAACGAGUCAAGUUCAUGAGCCAUCCAGAAUUCAAGAUCUCCAAUUACCCGGAUAACUUUGAUUGCAAAUACCAGAUCAAGCGAGGUUCCAUGUGCCAGGAAAUGCGGGUUCAAUGUAUGGAUUUUAAACUCACCACUCAAAGCGCCAUUCUGGGAGUGUGCCAAUUUGAGGGCGAUUACCUCAAUUUCAAUGGUGGGCCCAAUUCCAUCAUGGACAAGAGAUAUUGCGCCGAUUUGAAGCCCAAUUUCACGACCUCGUGGCACGAGUUGAAUGUCCACUUCCAUUCGGAUUAUCACAUCAACUCUCGUGGGUUUGAGUGUGUACUCGAAUGCAUUUCCUACAAAGCACCCACAAAACGUAGCAGGGGCACAAGCAUUAGGUUCAUCCCUUGUGCGAGUACCGUGGACUUGGCAGAGUAUCCUCAUGGGGAAACAGUCACCCUGAAAAACCAUCCUCAAAAUGACAGAUGUGAUUUCGAGGUCAAGUUGGGAGACAUGUGUUCCAGAGCGGAAGUGGUUUGUUCUGAAUCAAUGGCUUCGGAUUGUUCAGAAAAGCUGGAAAUCAGAACCAAUCAGAAUGGGCAAGAGAAGUUUUGCGGCAAGGACAUACCCACUUCAACCAACGUGACUGACAAAACUCUUCAAGUUAGUGUGACGAGAAAUUUACUUGACCAAGGCCAAUCCUUCCAGUGCAAGGUCAAAUGCACAGAGGAAAGAAUGGCAAUGGACAAGCGAUCCGGAGUCCAAGGCUACGAGGUUACCCUUGUGGAGCGGUCGAAGAACCUUUCGGACAGGGCCUUUGGCGAACCAGUUCGAAUGAAGAGUCACCCUGGAUUCGACGGGACAUCUCAUUAUGAGGAUUCCACAGACUGUAGAUUUACAUUCAAGGUAAAGAAUAUGUUAUUUGUGGGUGAUACAAACAAGGCUCAUUUCCUCUUGUACAUCUCAACGCUUUUGAACAAUGUGGUACCGCUUAUAUAA